CCACAACAUUUCAUCAGGGGUAGCAUUGCUCAGGAUGUCUUACAGAAGGCAUUGGUGCGUUCCCGCUCGAUGUUGGAAAGUUUACAGAGAGAGGGGGAUCCACUAACGCUUCACCUUCCGCUAGAUACCUACAUACGAUGUGAUCAGGGAAGAAGCCGUGUGAAGGCGCUCCUGGACACCGGACGUUUUUUCUACUGGUGGACUGUUGAACUAUAUGCAGGUGAGAGCAAAAUAGCUCUCCUUCAGAGGUGUAAAUAUUGACAUCGAGCAAAGACACCAACCAUAAAUUUCUUCACAAGAUCAACA